UUUCUUGCUUUUUCUUUCUCAAUGGCUGCUGCAUUAUUACAUUCCUGCGACUCCAUGGUUGUUGCAAUGCUACUAUUUGGCCUUCUGCUUGCCACCUUCCAAAUAACAGGUGCCAACACUGGAGUUUGCUACGGACUACUGGGGAACAACUUACCACCACCCCACGAAGUUAUAGAUCUCUAUAAACACAACAACAUCCCAAGAAUGCGGAUUUACGCUCCCGUCCCAGAAGUCCUCCAAGCCCUCGGAGGCUCCAAUAUUGAGCUCAUGGUGGGUGUGGCAAAUGAAGACCUUUACAACCUUGCUACUAACAUGGGCACCGCAUAUGCCUGGGUCCAAAACAACAUUAGAAACUAUCCCACUGUCAAUUUUCGAUACAUAGCUGUUGGAAACGAAAUAAAUCCUCCGGCCUGGGAAGCAAAUUAUCUCCUGGGGGCCAUGAAAAACAUUCACCAGGCAAUUUCAGAGUCUGGACUUGGCAACCAAAUCAAAGUCUCAACCCCCUUCAGUGCAGCGGUGCUAGGAGAAUCCUACCCUCCAUCUAAAGGAUCUUUCAGACCCGAUUUCGGAUCAUUUAUCAAACCAAUCAUCAGCUUCCUAGCGGACACUGGUGCCCCGUUUUUCUUGAACAUGUAUCCUUAUUUUAGUUACAUUGGCAACACCCAAUACAUCAGCCUUGAAUAUGCUCUUUUCACAUCUCCUGGAAUCGUGGUGCGAGAUGGUCAGUUUGGGUACCAAAACAUAUUUGAUGCGAUAUUGGAUGCUGGUUACUCAGCUCUGGAGAAGGCUGGUGGUGGUUCUUUGGAAAUUGUUGUGACUGAGACUGGUUGGCCGACGGCUGGUGGGACGGCUACAACAAUUGAGAAUGCUAGGACUUAUAACAGAAAUUUGCUUCGACAUGUGAAGGGAGGAACUCCCAAGAGGCCUGGAAAACCUAUACAAACUUACAUAUUCGCCAUGUUCAAUGAGAACAACAAAAACCCAGAAUUGGAGAAACAUUGGGGCAUCUUUUAUCCAAAUAAACAGUCUGUAUACCAGAUUGAGUUUUCUCCAAAUUAAUGUAGGAAGGGUAUAGUGAUGUCUUAUCCCAAAUAAGGGGUCUUGAGCCCUGAGAAAAAGUGUCAUGUAGAACUUCAUGCACUCAUUUAAAAGCGCCUUAUAUGUUUAAUAAGAUAAGUCGUGGUGAGGAAUCUGUACUACAUUUAAAAGCACCUUAUAUUUUAGGAUUAAAAUCUUAAUGUAUUUAGGGACCGUCACUUGACUUCACCCAAUUUCAGUGGUACUUAAGUUGGUUGGUCGGGGGCAUGGACUUUCACCGGUCUUCUUAGUCU